GCUGCAGCCGCCGACGGGCCGCCCCGCUCGCCCGCCCCUCCCGCCCAGCCGGGGUGGCCUUAAAUCGGCUCCGCGCCGCGCGUAACCGCACCGCUACUGUCGCCGCCGUCGGAGGGCGGCCCCGGUAGACCCGCCGCCGCCGUCGGGCCGGUCCCGGCGCGCUGCCUGCCGCGGCGGCAGGACGGACGGACGGACGAGACGGACGCGGCUCCUUCGUCCUGCAGCGGGAGAUGCUCGCCGGCCGCAUCCCGGUACCGCGCUGCAGCCCCGUCACCGCGACCGCCAGAGAACAAAAGAUUGAUGGGCGAAAUUAAGAAGAGGGAUGUGUAAUUGGAAAACAGCUCAAGAAGGCUACAGGCAGCAUAUUGAAGGCAUCCAUCAAACAUCCAGCUAACGUUAUUACAGGUAGAGAGAUGCCUGGGCAUUGGAAGCUCUCUGCAGCAUGCUGAGGAGACGAAACCUUCUUACUACGCUCCUGAUUGUCUUGCCAUGGGCUCUACUCCUAACUUUGUGGCACCAGUAUCCAACCACCCGCUACCUCAGCCUGCUGAGAAAAGACACAGAUGAGAACGUGACCUCUAAAGCUCUCCUCAAUGGUACAUCUGCACUGAGAGAAGAAGGCUUCCCAUCGUGCAUUCGGCAGCAGCAGAGCAUAGGGGCGACACCAAAAGUCAUCCAGAAUUAUGUGUACUCCAGGCCACCCCCAUGGUCAGACACCCUGCCAACCAUAUUUGUUAUCACCCCUACCUACACUCGACCGGUGCAAAAAGCUGAGCUGACCCGGCUGGCCAACACCUUCCUGCACGUGCAAAACCUGCACUGGGUGGUGGUGGAGGACUCACCCCGAAGGACCAACCUAGUGUCCAACCUGCUGGAGAAGGCAGGCCUCAAUUUCACCCACCUCAAUGUGGAGACACCCAAAAGCCUGAAGCUUGGGCUGUCCUGGAUCCCAUCUCACACCCCACGGGGGACGCUGCAGAGGAACCUGGGGCUGCACUGGCUGAGGGACAGCUUCAGCAACACAGCACCACCAGAAGGGGUCGUGUAUUUUGCUGAUGAUGACAACACUUACAGCCUGGAGCUGUUUGAAGAGAUGCGUUACACAAGGAGGGUGUCCGUCUGGCCGGUGGCGUUUGUUGGGGGACUGCGGUAUGAAUCCCCAAAAGUGAGCCCAGCUGGGAAAGUGGUGGGAUGGAAAACUGUCUUUGACCCUAAUCGGCCCUUUGCUAUUGACAUGGCUGGAUUUGCUAUCAGCAUCAAGCUGAUCUUGGAGAAGCCUCAAGCCAGUUUCAAGCUGGAGGGAGUCAAAGGAGGCUACCAGGAAACCAGUCUGCUGAAAGAUUUAGUGACUAUGGAUGGGCUGGAGCCCAAAGCAGCCAACUGCACAAAGGUGUUGGUCUGGCACACAAGAACUGAGAGGCCAACUCUGGUUAACGAAGGCAAGCGUGGAUUUACAGACCCCAGGGUGGAAGUGUAAGCAGAGAGACAGCUCCCCAAUAGGCAGCGGGCAGUGAUUGUUCUGAAGCUUGUUGGCAGCCGCAGCAACUGGGCACCCUUGCCUGUUCCACCACUGGAGGAUGCUAAAUGCCCCCAAAUGUAGCCACAUCGAUCAGCUCCCACUGCCCGGAAGGUGGCAAUGAGCAGGGACAGAGCUGAUGUGGUUCCUGUGAUCCUACAGCUCUCCACUUUGACUCUGUGCAUCGGCUCCCAUUUCCUGGCUGAGAGGCGUGCCUCCCUUCCCUUGUGGGCACUGUGCUUUUUAACCAUUCAUUAAAGAGGAAACGUCUUAGAUGUGAUCUCCAUUCCCUGCUGUGCCAGCACAGAGGCUGAAAUCCACAAUGGGGGCAGGUGCCUCUGAAGAUCCAUCCCUCUUGGCAUACAAACCUGAGCUUCAGGGCAGCAGCUGAGAGCUGCUGUGGUUCAAGAACAGGAGUUGUUGCAAAAGCAGAUGUGGAUCUGUCAGUCUGAGGUAUGCUCUCAGUGAGAACAGCUUAAAAGCAAAACUAGCCAGAGAGAGGCUCCCCCUCAGAUACACACAUGGAUCAGCUUUUGGUACUGGGAAAGGAGCUGAGUUGGAAGCCCCUCUUUUUGGGUGUAGGAGUUCAGAAGUGCCUCAGCUGAGAACUUGAACUGCCCGAACUGCAGGUUGUGUUGGAAAAUGUUGUCCCAGUUCCCAGGCCGGUACACCCUGGAUGCAGCUCCCCUCCCACUCAGGGUGACCUGGUAGGUAUGGCACCUCAAAGACCAUGCCUCCAUGUCCUGAUAUGGAGAGCAGAAAGCAGGGGCAGAGGUGGGAGGACCUGGAAAUUUUAUUCCUGCUGCAGCACCAUUAGGCACUUCAGUUCAUGAAUACAGAGUUGCUUCCUAAACCUCCAGGGAAGAAGACACCUUUCUGGAGCGGAGGUGGGUGAGAAGCACUUAGGAAAAGAACGCUGAGCUUGCACUCAUCUCCUGUGUGAACGCUGAAAAAUGUGGAAAAAGGAUCAUCAUUGGGAAGCGUAUCUUGAGCACACAGAUAUCAACAUUUGCUACUUCACUUGUCAAGUUUCCAGUUGAACUCUGAUAGCACGUUUGGCCCUUGGAACAGGGAGAAAAGACAGCAUCAUCUAGAGCAGUUUUCUCUUGAUAAAACAGGAGAACAGCCUGGGUAAAGGCAGCCUACAGAUGAGCAGGUGGCAAAUGAGGACUGAAGGAAGGAUGCACUGGGUUAAAAGCACAAGAAUUUGUACCAUGUGUGCAUGGGGUAAAAUGUCUCUCUGACUUUUGCAGGAAGAUUUCCUGACUGACCUGGAAACCUCUCAGAGCACACCCUGCCAACCAUCUUCACUCAGGCCAUGAGGAACAAGGCUUCAAGCAUUCAAAAUAUACAUCAAGGAUUUGAUAGCCAGAGGAAAAAAAAAAUCAUGAGCAAUCAAACCACCCCCUGCCCAAGAAACUCUGGGCUGGCAGGAGACGUUUAUUUGUUGUUUUAUUUAUACUGCAAUCCUUUCUGCCUGUUCUUUGUUUCACUUUGUUUUUUUAACUUAGGUUAUCUGACAUACUCAUGAGAAAAGAACAAUUCCCAGACGCUCACAGAAGAACAGCAGAGCUUGGCAUUCACUUCUGAAUGUCUUUCUGCUUCUUGCUGUCUGGGGUUUCUUUACAAUGGCACCCUAAGCUGGCAAAAUAAUCAGAAACACAGCAAGGAGGGAAGUACAGCAAAGGGAACUGUUAUUCCUUUAUGCAAGAGACGUGGGUGGCACUAAGUUUCUAGCUCCUGAGCAAUCAUGGUGAGGUAAAAACAUGUGCGAAGGAGUGCCUCAAUCAAGUAGAUAGUCCCCAUGGGAUCCUGGGAGGCAUCCAUGAAAGGGGGCUCUUGGAAGGGUAUCUGAUGAUCUGUGUUCCCUUAGUGGGGAACUAGCAUGCAGACAUCCUGCUGUGGGAGUGAGAUUAGAGUGCAGAAAGGGGCAAAGGGAGUGAUAUGCAUCCCACUGGGGAGGAAGGCAUGAGAGAACAAGGAGUAGGCAGAGAGCAGAGAGAGGGUGGUUGUGCUCAGCGUGGCCUGGACUCCCUGCAAGGUCUCUCAGCACAGAAGUAGUACUGAAUGGGCUGUAAAAACUGUGCUGCCUUGUGACCCCGGAAAGGUCUUUACCCAGCAAAUGUCUGGCACAUGUGACUUAGGAAGCCUGGCUCCUGCCGAGCAUUUUUCAUCUCCAUUUGUCAGAGCCUUUUGGCCUCUCCGCAUGAGGUAAUGGGCCUUGCACUCCAGUGGGUGUUGCUGACCUAUCCAUGCCAUCAGGCAGAAAGAUUGGCUCAAUGAUUCCGCUCACCAUUAACAGAAGACUGUCCCCUUCUUUGUGGUUCUAGUCUGCGAGCAAAGAGCAAGGGAAUAAAGGAAUCUAUUUAUGAUCUUCUAUUUUCCCCUCCCAGAUGGGUAGGGAUUCUACCUGUAUGAAGAGGAGGGGAUAUGGUAAUCAAUUCCCUGGCCUUCAGUAUCAAGUGUAUCCUACUUUUGAUGCUGCCGGUGGGUGUUUGUAGCUUUUAGAUGUCUCUCUGCAUCCCUAUAAGAAAGCAAAAUCAUUGUUCCUGUUUUUCCCCCUGGUGCCCCGGAUUGCAGUGAUAGGAGCACACUGUCACUCAGUUCUGCUCUGAGCUGCUCACAAGACCAGCCCUGUCAUGCCAUUCUCACAUCAGCCUGACCCUAUGGAGGAGGGAUUCUGUGAAUCACGAAAUUCUGCCGGAUGCUAAGUUGUGUAGGACUGAGACCUUGUAUGGACUGUGUGGCUGCACACAGCUGUCGCUCCAGGCUAACAGAUGUUCUGAACACUCCCAGCACAAAUACUCUUUUUACAAAUAUUCUGUAGAGCAGACUAAGGACAGCAAGGACUGCUGCCAGGCAGGGUGCAGCGGCAAAGGGUAGGUGAGGACAGACAGCACAAGUUCAGAGGGCUCUUUGCUAGCAGAGUUCAGUAGGAGUUACAAGCUUCAAGGAAAAUGAACGAGGGGUGCAAUAAAGGAGGGAUGCUGCACGUCAAGCCUGAAGUGUUUAAAGAGCAGGCAUCCCAGCGCCUGUUUUUUUUACUAGCAUAUUAGCAUCUGAUAUUCAUGCUCUCUGAAAAUCCAUCCAAUUCAGCAACCAGUGGGUAUUCCUAACGUUUCCUGUUGCAGAAAAUACUGUUGAAAGAGGAAAGAAAAUGUCAAGGAAGUAAUUUUUAAUGGUUAUUUAUUUAUAUUGAAUGGUACAAGAGCGUUAUUAAAUAUGAUGUGAAUAGUAUAAUACUGAGCCAUUUUCUGUCUUGCAGCUUAAGGGCUUGCUUCUUUUCCAAGAAAACACAGUGUACUCUAUAAUGGAAAAUGUGCCCACUGUAGUUCUCAUUCCAAGAGUAUUCCCUUCAGUCAUCACCCGAAAUCCUCUGCAAUGCCUUUAUUAAAUGUAAUACUGCUUUCCUCUU